AGGGGUGCGGACGGACCAACAGAGGUCGUAAGAGCUGGAACAAGGAAACUAAUUGGCCUAUCGCGAGCAGGGUCGAGCACCGACUGGCCAGUGUGUGGCGUGGUUGUGUGACCGGGGGGUUCAAAGAGGGGCAUGCAGAGCUACAGCUUUGUUGUCAUGAAGGGUCCGCAGAACACAAUGGGCUAGUAUGGAGACCAAGCCGAUGUGCGGAUCGCAUGACUUCCGGAGCCAUGGGUCCAUCACCUCGACUGCCGGUAUAUAGCGGGAUUGUUUAGAUAACGAUAUGGUAAUAAUAUAAUAAUGAGAUGGCAUACCGGGUGGCAGCUGGGAAGAUUCAAGAUCCGACUGAGCCGAGCCGAAACCACGCAACUGGCCGCGAUUGGAGUUCGCCCUCCGAUCAUCACAUCAGUCGUACAUCAGUCCAGGCCGGAUCGCCAUCCACCGCUUUUCGCGCGGGAAGUCUGGGGUGUAUUUUUGAGAAAUGGGCGGGAGUGAGCCGUGGGAAGGAGUUGGAAGAGGAGAGACAACUAAGAGAGAAGGUCCACAAGGCUGAAGAUCCACUGGUCAGACCCGUGACGUUGUCCGUCACCUGCUCGACAGCGACAAAGUUGGGCUCUAAGAGGAAGCGAUGGAUGAAUAGAAAGAAGAAUAUGAAAAGCUGGUUUGGUUCCUUAACCAUGGAAAUGCAGCCUCCUUGCUUGCGGCGCAAAGGCAAGGAUAGAUCAAGACGACCCAAAGCACUAUGCCAUCUAGGGCCGGUGUUCACGCAGAGAUCGCUUGGAGUACACAGUACAAACUGCACUGCUGCAGUAAAUCGAGGAAGAGGAACAAAGUUUGUGCAUCCCUUCAUUCCUCAGCUCCUGUCAAAACUCAAAUCCUGGGGGUCGGAAAUACAUAGAAUAAUAUAUUUUAGGUAGAUGUUUCAACAGGAUGCAAGGAUAACAAAGUAUAUUUAAUCAACACAACUUGACUGCCCGACUCCCGACUCCAACCUACGCCCUGUGCUU